GUACACAAAUAAUGAUACGGGAGACGUAGGCGUACGCUGUGUUACUAACGAGAUCGGCUUGAUAGCAUUGAUUGCACAUGUUGUAAGCAAUACAGUACAUGUAGUAACGUUAAUACUGCUCUGUCACAUAAUGAACUAAUUUCCCGCAAUUUUAGUGUUGUUAAGUUGGUGCAACAGAAGUUUAGACAACGCGAGAAACGAAAGACGUAUUCGCCGAAUUCGGUAAUUCACAAAGAUGCCUUCAGAGAGAAGAUUUGACUUGCACAAGACGAGUUCGGGACGUGGUCUCGACUACCGACCAGAGUAUUACUUUCCAGCUUCGGAUUUCAAGACAACAGUCAACAAUCCCUUGCCUCCAGAGUUGGCCAAACAGGAUGAGAUCAUCAAGCCCUACACGACCACAACGGGUGAGACACACGAUUAUAAACACCAUGACGCGAUACUGGGCAACCCGCAGCACCAGAAGGCACCGGGUCACUGGAACGCUCACUACAACAAAGACAUGCGGGAAAAACUUCAAAAUCGGCCGUGGAGGAAGCCCCUGACCAUGGGCAACCAGGAGUCGGAGGUCCAGGCGAACUUCAAGGGAGCGCGAACCCAGCCUGGCGUCGACUUCAACACCAUCAUGAAGCCGCAAACCACCGACUUGAUAGACCACCACAAGAGCAUGCCGGCGCCGAUGAAGGACAACUUGCCCAAGUACAAGCCCUCGUUGGUCCGUGAUGACGGCGCCCUCCAGCUGCUAGACCCCUACGUGCCCACCUCCCACCAAGCCCACAAACGCUUCAGCCGGCAUGAGCUGGGAGGCUACCCGAAGAAAGAUGCUGCCACCUACUGGCGAUGCGAGGACUACCCUCAGGCCUGGGGUCACGGUACCAAACACAACCCGCUGCCAAUGAACUCCGUCCCCCGCGAGCGGCCGCCGAUGCGCGACGAGAUGGUCUUCAAGACUGCCAUCAAGGAACCGGUCCGCUGGCCCGAGAAGUUCCCCCGCGUGCCCCACAACGGCAUCAAGUCCAUCAUGACCACCUCGUACGUCACUCCCUCGGACCCCAAGAACCGGGAGCUGUUCUCUUGCCCCGUCGACACGCCCUGGGUCAUCCCCAAAUCUGGUCCCAAGCAGACCUUCUCCGUUCCUUCCAUGUACAACACCGAGUAUCAAACCUAUGCCAGCGGAAAGCCAAUUUCUAUAUAAGCUUUUUCAGUUUCUUUUCAACUGUAAAUACGACUGUAUGAUAUGUUAUUGUUUUUUUUAAUGAAAGCACAGCCGACCUGUCAAAAUACCGCCAGCCCUGGGCAACUUCGAGCAAGGACCAGUGGUUAACUAGUGGUUGGUUUGUGACGAACUUAGCGCAAUGCGCACUAAAGUUGAAGUGCAAACGACUCUAGUCAAACUGUUGUCUUGUCAAUGACCGUCGGAAAAUGGCGGCGCACAAUUAUUUAACACUUGUUGUUUCUCUUUAUUUACACAAAUAAAAGUGAUUGUGUAUAGUUUAGGACAUCUUACAUAAUCGCCAAUAUUAAUGUACAGUGACAAAAGUGACAUACAUGUAAUUGUAAACUAACAUGGAAAAACUGUGCAAUGAAAAUGAAAUUUAGCACUCACAGUUUUGUUUUCCGCCAUUUUUGCUGAUACAUGUAGUUAGUCUCCUCUGCACUAUGCUAUGAAAUUACUAUUGAUAACCAGCUAUAAAACAUGGAGCGACAAGCUGUAGUAGGCUAGUCCUGAAUAGUUGUCUAGAGUAGUCCAAUCAUCAUCGACUAGACAGUUCAGGCUAACUUAAUCGAACUAUGGUUCACAAUAGUUCUUGCUCUAACUUGUCCCCUAAUUUUGGAAGAAAAUUGAGCACCGCUAACGAUGGCAAGUUUUCUGUUUUUGAUGGAAUCUAGCAAACUACUUAAUAAACUACCCCAACUUUGUACAAUGUCCAUUCCCAGGAGACCAAGGACUAACUAUUGACUUAUCAAAACCUGGCAGAAAUUGUAAUAACAAGUUUCAAUAUUUCUUGGUUAUUUAUAGGCUAUGAAAAGCUGUCUAUUCUGGCCACAUUUUCCUCGGCCGCCACAGCUGUCCAUUAUAAACAGGUUCGGUUGUGCUAAAGCCAUGUACAUAACAAAUUCCGUCCACAAUUAUAUAUAAUUUUUUUUGUUUAAAGCCAGUGGAAAAUUCAGCUUUGUAAUUUUGUACUGUAUUACAAGAUGUGUACAUUUAACUGACGAGUGCUGUCAGUGCUGAUGUUAAUAAAUUUCACUCCAAAAACUCUAAAUAAA